AUGUUCAACAACCGCAAGUUCUCGAUCAACCGGCACACCGGUGUGCCCAAGCCCAGACGCUUUAGUAUCGGCGAGAUUGGAGGCAACGAGGUCCAGUCCAAGACUCACAGACAGUUCCGUAACGCCCACGAGGGCCACCAGCCCCAUGCCGGUCUUGAUGCCAGCCGAUCCUCCACCGGUGUCGUCUGGUGCACUGAGCGCGCCUCCGAGUAUGGCUUCCUCGAGGACCCUGACUCUUGGGCCAAUUUGGGUCAAGGUGCCCCUGAAGUCGAAGAUGACAUUGCCGGUUGCUUCCCUCGCCCCACUACCAUCGACAUCUCCAUGGCCGGUCGCGAGUACGGCCCUACUGCGGGUAUCAAGGAACUUCGCGAGGCUGUCGCCAACCUCUACAACGUCAUGCACCGCGAGGGUAAGGACAGCAAGUACACCUGGGAGAACGUCGCUAUUGUUCCCGGUGGUCGCGCCGGUCUGAUUCGUAUCGCUGCCGUUCUUGGCAACUCCUAUCUCUCCUUCUUCUUGCCCGACUACACCGCUUACAACGAGAUGCUGUCCCUCUUCAAGAAUUUCUCUGCCAUUCCCGUUCCUCUGUCAGAGGAGGACGGCUAUCACAUUCACCCCGACCGCAUUGCUGAGGAGAUUUCCCGUGGUUCCUCCGUCAUCCUGACCUCGAACCCUCGUAACCCCACCGGUCGUGUCGUUGCCAACCCCGAGCUGGCCGAGAUUCAAGACAUCUGCCGUGGCCGCGCCACCUUCGUCAGCGACGAGUUCUACUCUGGCUACAACUACACUAGCAACUGUGACGGCAACACUAUCUCUGCUGCAGAGAACGUCGAGGACGUCGACGAGGACGAUGUUCUUAUCAUCGAUGGCUUGACCAAGCGCUUCAGACUCCCCGGCUGGCGUAUCGCAUGGAUUCUGGGUCCCAAGGAGUAUAUCAAGGCUAUCGGCUCCUGCGGUAGCUACCUUGAUGGUGGCGCCAACCACCCUUUCCAGGAGGCGGCUAUUCCCAUGCUCGACCCCACCCUCGUCAAGGCGGAGAUGGUCUUCCUCCAGAAGCACUUCCGCGACAAGCGUGACUAUGUCGUUCGCAGACUGCGCGAGAUGGGCUUCAUCAUCAAAUAUGUCCCCGACUCAACUUUCUACCUUUGGCUGAACCUCGAGGGUCUCCCUGGCCAGAUUUCUGACGGUCUCAACUUCUUCCAGGCCUGUUUGGAGGAGAAGGUCAUCGUCGUUCCCGGCAUUUUCUUCGACCUGAACCCGUCGAGACGUCGUGAUCUUUUCGACAGUCCUUGCCAUCACUUCGUGCGUUUCUCGUACGGCCCCAAGAUGGAGACCCUGAAGAAGGGCUGCGACGGCAUCGAGCGUGUUGUCAAUAAGUUCCGCAAAUCUUCCGACUAA